AUGUCGUCGCCGCUGCUGGUGAACCUGCUGCAGAACGACGCGCCCGCGCCGCAGCCCCGGCCCAAGCCGCACCCGCAGGCCAAGCUGGAGCGGCUGGAUGAUGGACAGGGGGACAGCUGCUCUCUCCUGCCCCUUCCUUGGUGCAUCCUCAGUGCUGGUGUUAUGAUGCCGCCCACCGUGGCCAUGUCGUCGCCGCUGCUGGUGAACCUGCUGCAGAACGACGCGCCCGCGCCGCAGCCCCGGCCCAAGCCGCACCCGCAGGCCAAGCUGGAGCGGCUGGACGACGGACAGGUGGAGCUAGCGGUGGGCCGGCCUCAGUUCGAAUACGCGGGCGCGCGACCGCGGGCCCCGGCGCCGCCGCGCCCUGCCUUCGUGCGCCGCGCCCUGCCGCCGCCGCGGGCCCCGCCGCCGCGGGCCCCGCCGCCGCACACGCCGCCGCCGCCGCCGCCGCCGCCGCCGCAGCCGCCGCAGCAGCCGGCGCAGGCGGGCCCAGCAUACCGGGUGCCCGCGCCCAACGCAACCGUCGUAGGGCGGGCGCGCUUCCCCGCCUUUGCAGCGUCGCCGCCGCCCUACCGCCAGCAGGCGCCGCGGCCGCGUCCGCCCACGCCCGCCCAGCACCAGCCGCAGGCCAGGUUCUCGCCUGAGGACCUGAAGGUGUUGCUACCGCCGUCGACUACGUCCAUGGACCAGAAGACCAGGUCGAGGUUCCAGGAGUUCCAAUGGAUCCAGCAGCAGUACAUCGCGACGCAACGCGCGGCCAGCGACUGGUCCGAGCCGUACCGGGACACGCUGGACCUGCCCGAGCUGCCCGACGCGUGCGACCUCGACACGCUGCUGCCCUCGCUCGGCGCCGACCUCAACCUCGACCUCAACCUCGACCUCGACGAGCCGGCGUACGAGCGCGACGCCAUGCCGCCGCCGCCGCCGCCCGCCUUCAAGCCGCCGCCGCCGCCGCCGGCGAGACACGCGCGCACCGCCACCGUCGGCUCCCAGGCCUCCGCCCACGAGAUCGAGGAGCAGAGCAAGCAGUACCUCAUCAAGACCCUCAUGCGGGACGACGAGCCCGCGCCUGAGCCGCCGCCGCCGCCGAAAGAACCCGAAAAGGACGAACCUCCUGUUCCAACUCCCGUAAAAGAACCUCUAAUAACUCCUAUAAAGAGAGAAAACUGCGUCGAACCAGAAGUGUUCGGCAUCGCCAAGAUAACCACCACAGAGGAGGACACCAAAAAGGCUGAGGAGGAACUGAAACUUAAGAAUAAGCUGAAGAAAGAGCGGGAGGAGAAACUCGCGCAGAAGGGCGGCAAGCCGCGCACCGCCGGCGCAAAGGAGAAGCCCGCCACGCUCAAGGACAAGAUCGUGAGGGAUGGGAAAACCAAAGUUGCCUUACCGCGCCCGCCCGCCGCCGCCAAGGCGCCAGCAACGCCUGACGCGCCCAAAUCGCCGCCCGGAGAAAAGGAAUCCAUCAAGCUGCGGCUAAAACUCGAUAAGAACGAGCCUGUUUACAAAGCCGACGUCAGCUUCGUCAACCAACCCCCCAAGGGCGACAAACCCACGGACGGCGAACUCCGAGUCCCUCCCUUACACAUAAGCCUGAGAGGACGAAACUCCGCCGUCAUCAAGAACUCCAAAAAGGAAAAGAAAAAGUUCAGCUUGGGCGACAUGCAGUCCAAGAAAAUCAAAAUCCGGAAAGCCCUCGAGACGGACGAGAAACCGCAUCGGAGGGAUUCGGAAGAAGCGCAAUCGCUCGCGUCCAAAUCGAGCGAUGGCACAGAAAAGACUGAUGAGUAUUUAGUCAAGAGCAUUAAGCUGAACAACCACUAUGGGGAGGGCGACGGGAUCAAGCCCGAGAUCAUCGCGGCAGGCGACAACAACGUCGUGUAUCGCAUGAAGACGAUCUCCAAGAACUCCCACAUAGUCACCAAGUCGCACGACUAUAAACUCAACAACAAAGUCCCGUUGGACACCCUCAAGCAGAAGAAAAAGUCGAAGCUCCUCGGCGACGGCAAGUCGAUAGAGAAAGAGCGGGACAAAGAGUGGCGGAACGACCUGUUAGAAAAGGAGGGCAAGUACGCUCAAAACGAGGGCUACAGAGAGCCGAACAACCACGAGAAAAAGAAGUUACCGACUCCAAAAGUAGAUAAUGGUGCGAAAUGUGAUAAUAAGUCCAGUGACGGGAAGACAGUGCAAUCGGACACGGAUAGUAGUGAAUGUGUUAAGAGUGGUGUGAUGGAGACUGAGAUAGACAGUUUGUUGCUCAAGUGUUUGGAACGGACGCUAAGUGCGGAGGACGUGGCGGACGCGUCUAAGUUUGUGGAGGCGCGGCGCAGUAGUGAAGGUGACAAUAAGUUGAAACGGACACUGACUGAUAGUGCUAUUACCUCCCCAAACGGACUGCUGGCCUCUGAGAAGAAGCGGAAGACGAGCCAUGGCAGCUGUCCAGUGAUCUGCGUUCCAGAUCCCCCGGGCUCCACCAACGUCGGUACCAUCGUUACGAGCCGGAGCGCCUCGCCGCCGCCCGCGGGCUCGCCGCGCCGCCGCGACCGGCCCAAGGACCGCUCCUACUGCAAGCUGGCUGCCGAGCGCGUCCGGCCCGAAGACACGCCGCGCUCACCCGCCUCCCACGCUCAAGGAGAAGACUCGGGAAUCGAGUCCAUGGAUGCAUUAUCAGAGAAGUCCCCCAACCAGGCUUCUCAAUCUCCGCCCGGGCCGCAAAGAAAGGAGCCCCGUGCGCCGUCACCGCCGCCGCCAGCCUUGCUCGAGCGACUCGCUCGCGCCGCGCCGCGAUACGAGCCCGCGCCGCAACUGCACCUCGGCGACAUCGAGGCAGCGCUAGCUAAGAUGCACGCUGACCACGACCACGACGACGACUUGGAGCGAGACCGCGAGUGUGUGCUAGAAAGAGAAAGGGAGAGAGACGUCAACAUUAAUCAUGAGCGCGUCAACGGCGAAACGCCUCGCGAACCGUCGCCGAUACUUCGCGAAGCGCCCGCGCCCGACCCCGCCCCCGUUACCUCACCCCCCCGGUAUCCCUACCAAGAGCCGGCGGCGGAGAACGGCGCGACCGAACCGCCCGCCGAGCUCGACCGCCUGCCACUAAAAGCAGACUUCCCCGACAAGAGCCUGCUCGAGCAGCUGCUCAUCGAGAUCCCCGCGCCCGAAUACAAGCGCGAGUCGCCGUCGCCGUCCGCGCUCGCCGUCGCGCGCUCCUCUGUUCGCACGCGCGCGUCAAGCAAACUCGCUUCGCCCGCGGAACCGCCCGCCGCACCCGCGAAACCGCCCGCGAAACGCAAGCGCCGCGAGUCCGAAAGCUCCUGCGCGUCGACCGUCAGCUGCGAGGAAGGGUUAUCGCCCGCGGGUCGCCCGAAGAAGAAACCGCGCCGCGUCGACGGGCCCAAACCGGUCGCACCGACUCCCCAAAUAAAACCUAAAAAGGAUUCGGACAGCGACAGCGACGAGCCUUUAAUCUGCAAGGUGCGCGGGAAGACACCUAAAGCGGUGACAGCCAAAGCCCCGGGCCGGACUAAGGGCGGGGAGGGCGCGGCGCCCAGACGCUCGGUGCGUCACGGGCCGGCCGCGUCUCCCGCGCCGCCCGCGCCCGCGCCGCCUGCUGCGCCAGCGCCGACCAAUACCACGCCCGCGAGGCGGAAAACUAGGAGUGCUGUGGGCGAAGGCACGCCUUUAGCGGGCGCGGUGCGGCGGCGGCGCGCGUCUCGCGACGGCAAGUGACGGCGGGCCCGCGCGCUCGCCGCGCGUCCGCUGCUGUUGCAGCCGCUGGUGUUCCCGCUAGACUAGUAAAGAUAUAGAAGCGGCGGCGGCUUCCAACCGCGUCACGCCUCGCUCGCACUGGUCGAGAUAUUUAGUCGAGCGACGAGCCUUUAGUCACUAAUACUCGACCAAAUUCGUCCAGUCAUUUAGUGGAGUGACAAAUCAAAUCAAAUCAAAUCAUUCAUUUGUAAAACAUAGGUAAAUGUAGAAUUCAGGUGGUACAUAAUAAUGGGUAGAGCUCUAUGUUUGGCCUAUGAGUGGCAUACAAAUUAUUAGUCCCAUAUAAAGAUACAAACAAAGCCGACGAGCCUUUAGUCACUAAAUACUCGACCAAAUUAGUCCAGUCAUUUAGUCGAGCGACGAGCCUUUAGUUACUAACGCCCGUAUUCACAAAAAUUACUAUGAGGUCUCACAGUGCGCAUGGACGAACCAAUCACAGCGCUCUAUUCAACACUGCGUUCGAUUUUCUGCUUAACAUAAGCAAGCAUCGUUUGUGAAUACGGGCGUAAAAUACUUGACCAAAUUAGUGCAGUCAUUUAGUGGAGUGACGAGCCUUUAGUCACUAAAAUACUCGACCGAAUUAGUCCAGUCAUUUAGUGGAGUGACGAGCCUUUAGUUACUAACGCCCGUAUUCACAAAAAUUACUAUGAGGUCUCACAGUGCGCAUGGACGCACAGGGUGACACACGAACCAAUCACAGCGCUCUAUUCAACACUGUGCGUUCGAUUUUCUGCUUAACAUAAGCAAGCAUCGUUUGUGAAUACGGGCGUAAAAUACUUGACCAAAUUAGUGCAGUCAUUUAGUGGAGUGACGAGCCUUUAGUCACUAAAAUACUCGACCAAAUUAGUCCAGUCAUUUAGUGGAGUGACGAGCCUUUAGUUACUAAAUUACUCGACCAUAUAAUCCGGGCGUUUUCAAGGCGAGAGUGAAUAGGCAGAUAUGUACCAUCCUAGACUGCAUCUCACUUAGACUUAACACCAGGUGCGAUUGCGGUCAUGCAUAAAAAAAAAACAAAUUAGUCCAAUAAUUUAGUCGAGUGACAAGCCUUUAGCAACUAAAAUACUCGCACUUUGAUCGAGUAAAGUUUACAAGUGUUUAGUCCAGUCAUUUAGUAAAGUGACUCGCCUUUAUUUACUAAAAUACUCGCACUGACUUCUCGCCUUUCAAAAUGGAUUGGCUCGAAUGAACGAUUUAGUCACCUACUCGACAAAAUUUUUGGUAUUCGGAUACGUUUAGCUACCAAAUUACUCACCACUCGCCUAAAUUACUCGACCAGUGUGAAUAAGGCUUAUCGUACGCCACCGUAGGACCUUACGUUCGAUUAAUAUACCCUUAUAAAGGGUGAUAACUUUUAGUCACUGAUCUAUUGGAAUUUAAUGUGUUAAACACGCCUGUUGUUAAGAAGUUCUAGUUUUUCUUAAUUUUCGUUUGUAGACAUUUUUUAUGUGUUGGAAACCGCUGUCUAAUACUAAAUUGACGUAAAAGACUUAUAAAUGCGUUGUAAAAUAUAUUAUACUUAUACUAAAUGGAUGUCAAUGCAAAAUACGCUGUGCUACGCAUUUUUACUUUGUUGUUUCUUUCACGUGGACUUUAAAUAGAAGCUUGCAAAGUCUAUUUUAGCCUAAUUUAUCAAACUUUUUAUAAAAACAGAUUGAGGUUCAUUCAACUCAGAUUUACUAUCUUUUUACUAUGCAAGUGGUUCUUCAUUUCACAUAUUUGAGUCUUACGUGAACAGAAUUCUCGAAUUUUCUAGAAAGAUUUUUAUUGAAAUGUUCUUCUAUAUCUUUACUUCUACAGUAGCACGUAUCUCAUCCUCGACUGCUCAGCAAGCUUUGUUUGGGGGUAUAUUAAGAGUCCAGAAAGGCUGCAAAAAUAUGUACUAGAUUUUCGAUGACCUUUAGACGCGAAAAUUAAUACAUAUUUAAAGACUUAGCCCGUUUAUAAAUCAAAGAAAACCUUUCCCUUUGAAUUCGUUUUAAUUUUUUUAAGUUUAAUACAUUAUUAUAUUGACAAAAAAUCCUUUUGAUACUUUUAUUUUAUUGUUUUAUCGUCUUUGUAUAUAAAAUCAAAGGAACAUCGGGGCCUCAAGUUAUUUUGACACUAUGCCGUAUAUAUUGACAUUUCUGUUCAAUCACUUCACUAGUUUUGACAAAUAAAAUGAAUAAGAUCAUGAACACCGAUUAUUUGGGUAUUUUUAUCUUCUAAUUAUUACUUAUUACAAUGUCAUACCUAACAGUCGAGGAUGUAAAUAUUUUUUGUAAACAAACUUGUUAAUAUGCGUUUGAAUCACUAAUCCUUGAUGUAGUCAACUGCUGUAAUUAGUUGACAGAAAUGUCAGAUGAUUACAGAAUUUGACGCGACCUUUAUGUUCUCAACUAUCUGAGAGGGUUUUUAAUAUUCGUCGGCGAAUCUCAAACUUUUGGAAAUAUUAUGCGUAAAAUAAUUCGUGCAAUACUAGAUGAGAUAAUUAAUGUUCAUGAAAAGUGAUUCAAGUGCACAUAUAAAGUGAUUUAUACUAUCACGAGUUGCCUGUAUUUAUAACCAAUUCAACGUGACUGUCGAAUUGUAAUAAGAUGUAAUUAUAAUUUGAUGGUUGUGAUGUUGAUUGGUGUUACGUCAUCAUUGUACAGGUAGAAUGUUGUUAUUAUUGGCCGAGCGCAAAUUCUAUUUUUAAAUGAAUGUAUAAGAUAAGAAGUUGAAACACAUUUAUUCAUUUUCAAAAAGUAAAUUGUAUUUGUAACUGAUCACGAAAACUUAAUAAGCAUGCUUAAGUCGUGAACACCAAUUCAUUCGGAUAAUUGGGCUUAAAAAUAGGGUAUUUCUAAUGGUUUUGAAAAAUAUAUAAGAAUCUGUAUAAAUGUGUUUUAUACUUUUCACAUCGCGUUUCUUUUUCGAGCAGUUAAGUGUUACAAAGUGAACCGCGGCAUAUUGACUUUAAUUUAGUGAACAAAUCAUGUUACCAUUCACUAUAAAAUCGACUUCUAUAAUCGUAAGUUCAUUUCUUGAGUAAUGUUAAGAGCGAUAUCUCUUUGCCACUAGGCGAGACGCCUUCAGUGGAAGCCUUAGUUUAUUAGUGAAUAGAGAUGUAUCAUUAUUGUACAAAAGAGCACUCGACUUGUAGGCACAUCGUUAUAAUAGUAAUAAAUACCCGAGAGAUAUAAAAAUGAAAUAAAUGCAUAAAGUUUUAAAAGAUAUUUUCAUACCUUUUUGCACAUGAAACGGAGCGGCGUCCAUGGACAUGAACGUCGCGUAGUGUAAUUAGUUUUGGCGGGAAGGCGCCAUGUUGGAAUCAGUUCGGUUUUUAAUUACAAAUACAUAGGAUUAGCACCAGUCUACUUUGUUAACUUUUUUACACUCGUGCAUUUUUUUAACUAUCAAUUCUAGAUGUGAUGUUGAAUUUAUCGCUGAGAUUCCAAGAUGGCGCGUUCCAACUCAAGACACUGGCUGCUAUUUUAAAGUUAGC